AAUUGCUCAAGUACCAAUAUUUGUUUUUAUUAUAAAAGCAUGUACCUUUUGUUCUUCCUACCAAUACAAGGUUCUCCACAACAAACACGCUGAUGAAUCAAUACUGGGACUUCUUCAAUGGCAGAUGAAGCUAUCUCUCCAUAUUGAAUUUGAAAAAGCCAGUUAGUGCUACAGCCAGAUUGUGCAAAACCUUGGUGUAAAAUCUGUGUUCAAUCCUCUGUUUUGUUGCUGACAUUGAAGACUCUUAAACAAUUAAUCAAGAAUUGUUCUAGUGUUUUGGUUCUGGCACCAGUUGAUCUACUAUUGGGAAUUGGUAACAAGGAUCACUUUCUACUACAACAUUCAACUAGAUUUCUUGUACUUUCAUUUUCAUCAAAAAUUACAUUCUUCUAUGGAUGGUCUUAGUUGGGAUGCCUCACAACUGUGGAGUACUAUUCAGCAACCACCAGACUUUGAAGGAGGCUACUCCAUGCCCCCCAAUGUUCUCAAUCAAAUACAAGAGAUGCAGAAAGCUCAAACAGGUCAUGCAUAUUCAAAUUCUGAAAGAGGGAUUUAUCACUCGGCAGGUGCCACUACCACUUCCUCUGAGAUGAUGGAUGUGAUGCAAAAACAAGACACAAAUCUAUCACAGCAUGUGUCAAUCAUGCAAGUGAAACCAGCUGGAGCUGGAGCCAGUUGGGGAGAAACUUUAACAUCCCAAUCAUACCCAUCCCUAUCAGUCAAUAGACCUCACAGUAUGAACCUGAUUAGCAACUACAUGCCAGAUUUCUACAUGGCCCACCAACAACAGCAGCAGCAACAACAACAACAACAACUUGAGUCUUUUGACUGCUUGAUUUCAGCUACCAACAGCAACACAGACAUCACUUCUGUUGAAGAUGAUGAUGGGAUCUCAAUGAUUUUAUCUGACUGUGGAAACCUGUGGAGCAACUUCAGUUAUGGCAGUGCAGCUUCCACAGGUGAGUCUGAGAGCAAUGCUUCCAAUGGUAGAAACAAAGACAUGCAGUGUAGUCCAGUCAAUAUUGAAGUUGAUGAAACAGUUUCUCAAACAGUGGAAUCAGAGGCUAAUUGUUCAAAGAGGAGUCAUGCCCAUGAUCAAUCUAAAAUGAUCAAAGUUGGUGAUUCCUGCUUCAGUAUUGUUCAAAAUUCUUCUCCUAUUGAAGAAGGUGGUUUCAGACUUGUCUCAGAUAUUAAUCAACCAGAAUGCAAGAAAUCAAGAUGGGAUAUGAGUUCCUCCUCAAAUAAUAUCAAUUUCCAGCAACCAAAUUCAUCCAUUUCUUCUUCCAUUGAAGAGCCUGAUCCAGAGGCAAUUGCACAAAUGAAGGAAAUGAUAUAUAGGGCUGCAGCUUUUAGGCCAGUGAACUUUGGGUUGGAGGUGGCUGAAAAGCCGAAGAGGAAGAAUGUGAAGAUAUCAACUGAUCCACAAACUGUGGCUGCAAGGCACAGAAGGGAGAGAAUAAAUGAGAAGAUUAGGGUUUUGCAGAAGCUUGUGCCUGGGGGAAGCAAGAUGGACACAGCAUCAAUGCUUGAUGAGGCUGCAAACUACCUCAAGUUUCUCAGGUCACAGGUGAAGGCACUGGAAAGUCUAGGAAACAAAGUUGAUGCAAUGAAUUGUCCUCCUACUAGCAUUGCCUUCUCUUUCAACCCUUCUUUUCCCAUGCAAACACCACCCCUCUGUCACAUCCAUCAUUCCCAUGGAGUCAAACAAAACAACCCCGCAUGACCCCUAUCAUUUCAUUACCAAUCUCAACGAUUAACAUAUCUGAUCUUCAUUUUCUAGCCAAGAAAAAUUUCUAAUGUUGACUUAUAUCAUUGUAUUGUAAUUGUCUUCGGUAUAAUCAUCAGUGACUUGUUUAAAAUUAUCAUAA